AUGUGGCUCCCAACCACUGCCGACACACCAAAGCUCAUAGACGUUCUCCGCAAACUCGGCAUCAAUGACUCUACUUCGGAUAGUGCUUCUACUUGUACAAUACGUAGUUACGAAACGCGAUACUACUUUGCCAGAACGAGCCCGGAAAGCGACAGUCCCUUAGAUGCCAUCUCAAUUGCUACGACGUCAGAAGUUGACAAAGAAAUUGAUCCUUCUGAUGGCCUUAUGCCAGGAGCCCAGGCCAUUACGGAAGAUCCUGGCUUUGAAGGCAAGAUUCAUCUCAUGAAUGGAAGGAAAGUUGUGCUAACAGCAGGCUCCAGCGGGACAGUGUCACAACGAAUGUCUUGCUCUUGA